AUGGAAGGCAGCAAACUAGGCCUCUACGUUACUCGAGCGUUCCAGCUCAUCUUCGCCAUCAUCGUCCUGGGAGUAUCCGCCCACCUCGCCGCCGAGAUCAACGGCGCAUGCGACGAGUACAGAUCCAGGUACUGCGAUCGAAUCCUGGGUCGUCUGCCCGAAUCCAGCGCCUAUGCCGCCUUCUCGGGGGCGUUCGGGACGCUUGGAGCGAUUGUGGGACUCGUCGCCGCGUUUAUAACAUCCAUUCCUUGGUUCGUCGCACUGGUAUUUGAUGCGCUCGCGACGAUCUUCUACCUGGCUGGAGGCAUCAUCCUCUGCGCAAUCGUCGUGAUCGGCUUAUCCGUGGCCUGGAUCAAAUUCAUCCACUACAUUCUGGACGUACUACGCCAAGAGUACGCCGUCGACGAGUCCGUUUUCAAACCCUUCCUUUCCGCCCUCAAAUUCGACCUGGUCGCUGGGGUGUUCGCGCUCAUCGAUGCCGCCCUCGCAAUUGCGGCUUCGCUCUGGACGGUCAUUCCGUGUCUGGUGUGCGUUGUCGUCGAUGGGUUCUGCGCGCUGUUCCUGCUAGCUGGCGGGCUGGCUACCGUUGUCAUCUUGAAGAGGGAUAAUAUCAAUGGUGUGGGGGCUUGUGACGCUGUUGAAGGUGACUUCAAGUCGCUUUGCACUAAGUUGCAUGCGGAUGCUGCUUUUCUUAUCAUUGGAUUCUUUACGACCUUGAUCGCAGCGGCGUUGUUCUUCAUCACGAGGAGGACAAAGCAGAGCAAUGUGGCGAGAUAUCCGGCGAUUCAGCAUGGAGUGGAGUUGUGA